AUGAGCUUGAACCUUAUGGUUCUAUUAUUGUUAGUGUCAUUGAACAUGUUAUCAUGUGAUGAAUUGAAGGAAGAAAAGAAAGCUUUAUUGGUAAUAAGGGAUUCUUUAAGUUCUUCUGCCAAUUUGCAUGAGAAUUGGACAGAUUCUCCUUGUAUAGGAAAUCAAAGUAGAUGGAAAGGUAUCAUUUGUUCAAAUUGGCAUGUUGUUCAAAUAAUCCUUGAAGAUUUCAAUCUUAGGGGUUCAUUGCCUUCUACCUGUUUGCAAAAAGUACCUUUCUUGAAACACCUUAACUUGGGAAACAAUUCAGUUCUUGGUUUGCUUCCUAAUCUCACAAACUUGGUAUUUUUGGAACAAGUUUUGCUUUCAUAUAAUCAUUUCUCAGGUCCAAUCCCUUUGGAAUAUGCUCAUGGAUUGCCUAACCUGAAAGUGUUGGAGCUGCAAGAGAAUUACUUGGAUGGUCAAAUUCCAUCCUUUGAUCAACCAGCACUGACGAGUUUCAAUGUAUCGUAUAAUCAUCUUUGGGGGACAAUUCCUGAAACUUCGGCCCUGCAGAGGUUCUCUGAUAGCUCCUUUGAUCAUAAUUCUGAUCUAUGUGGGAAGCCAUUGGAUAAGUUGUGUCCUUCUUCACCUCCUGCUGGCCCCUCUUCUGCACCAUAUCCUUCGGUUAUUCCUCGAAGCUCUGCAGCAGCGAAACACGAACAUACCGACCAAGUCAGAGUGAUCGUUUUGAUUGUUGCUUCAGGAGCAAUUUUGCUUCUUGUGAUAAUAUCUGUUUUCUUGGUUUACAAUAAAGGAGUGCCUGAAAAAGAAGCAAGAAAUGGUGCAUCAGGGUAUACUUUUGGAGCUUGGGCAAGAAACAUAGUUUCUGAAAAUGAAGAUUAUGAAAGAUUAGGCAGAAUGGAAUAUUUCAGCAAGGAAUUGGCAGCUUUUGACAUAGAUGAUUUAUUAAGGGCAUCAGCAGAAAUGCUAGGGAAAGGUAAUUUAGGCAUUACAUACAAAGCCACCCUUGAAACUGGCAUUGUUCUUGCAGUAAAGAGACUUAGUCACAUGAAUGAGUUAAGCAGAAAGGAAUUUACAAAGCAGAUGCAAGUUCUUGGGGAGUUGAAACAUGAGAAUUUGGUAGAAAUUAUCUCAUUUUAUCACUCAGAGGAGCAAAAGUUGAUCAUACAUGAGUUUAUCUCAAAUGGCAGCUUAUUUGACCUCCUACAUGAGAACAGAGGAGUUGGCAGAAAACUUCUUGAUUGGAAUGCAAGGCUAACUAUCAUCAAAGACAUAGCAAAAGGUGUUGAUUUCCUUCAUCAUUCCUUGGCAUCUCACAAGGUCCCCCAUGGCAACCUCAAAUCAUCCAAUGUCCUAAUUCAUCAUCAUGAUAACCAAGGUAACCACCAUGCGAAGCUCACCAAUUUCGGCUUCUUGACUUUACUUCCUAACAAGAAAUCAGCAGAGAAACUGGCCAUAAGCAAGUCACCAGAAUUUGUUCAAGGGAGGAAGCUAACACAUAAGACUGAUGUGUAUUGCUUUGGAAUAAUUGUGCUUGAGGUCAUAACUGGGAAAAUUCCUGGUGAAAUGUUUGGGGUAAUGGGAAUGGAAGAAGAAGAAGAAGAAAAAAUAAGUGAUCUUUCAGAUUGGGUGAGAAUGGUGGUCAACAAUGAUUGGUCAACAGAUAUUCUUGAUAUUGAGAUGAUAGCUGCGAAAGAAGGACAUGAUUCGAUGUUGAAGCUAACACAGAUAGCCCUUGAGUGCACUGAUGAUAAGCCUGAGAAGAGGCCUAAGAUUAGUGAAGUUUUGAGGAGAAUGGAAGAGAUAGAGAAAACGAAAAAUGGGAAUUUGAUUAGCUGAAAAACGGGAGAGAGAGAGAGAGAGACCUAAGAAUAGGUGAAAUCUGAGUUUGAUUAGCUUGGUUGAACUUUCCUUAUCCAAAGAAAAAGAAAAGUUUAACAAAUGAGUAUUAGUAAUUUCCAUUUUCUCAAAUAUUUUUUUCAUCUUUACAAAAUCCUUAAUAUAUUGUAAAGGUGAAGAAUCUGUUCCAAUUAGGUCAGCAUACUUUCUUCAAUGUACUUAUAUGGAA